CACUGAAGGACAGAGAAAUCUUGCCUUUUCAGAUAAAUCCUAUGCUCCACAAUACAUGUAACUGUGUAAAUAUGUAGACAUUACUGACGCUUUUUUUCUGAUUCCUCUAAGGUUGAAGAGUUGGUGACACAAAACCCCUCUGUGGAAAUGGACUCAUCUUUGACGUAUCGUUGGAAAAGUCGAGGCACCGACCACCUUUAAUUCGCCUUACUCGCGGGCGACUACGUGCUUCAGCGCUGCGCGGCUCAGUUCCGUUGCGCUCCGCUCGGCUCCGCUCUCCAGAUGAAACGAAACGCCCUCAUCGCUACUAUUGUGUCCCGAGCGUCGCCGCUGUACUCAGUGUCAGAAGUUUUGACGUUCACAUUAUGAGAUGACAGAUCAGAUGUACAUCGCUUUGAGGAGCAAAGCGUCUGCUGAAUGAAUAAAUGUUUGAUUUCAGCAUUUUGUCUUCCAUGGAAGCGGUGCAGCUGUACCCAAAGCCUCUCUAGUUCCCAUCCACUUUCUCUAAAACUCUCCCACCAUUUCCCCUCCGUCUUCCACUUUUGUGAUCUUUCUUGCCUGUCAGAUCACCGGCUCCUCUCUCUUCUGCUGGAUUCUGCAUGCAUCAUUGGCUAUGGUGAGGCGAUGGGUGCUGGCCGGAGGAGUGGUUGUUGUGGGCGUGGCAGGAGGGAACAGUUGUGGCUCUACAGCAUCCUGCUUCUGUGGCUCUGUGGGCCGGUCGCCCCCGAGUGUCCGGAGAGCUGCCACUGCUCCUGGGAUAGUGGGACUGUGUUGUGCACGGACGCUGGGCUACGUGAGGUCCCGCAUGGGCUUCCUACGGACACCGUCUCCCUCCAUCUUGAGCGCAACCUCAUACGUACUAUCCCAGAGAAUGCCUUUGAGGAUCUCCCUCACCUACAGGACCUUCACCUAUCUCACAACCGCAUCGAGUCCCUUUCUCCAGGUGCCCUCCGCCACGUGAACCCGGACCUCAAGCUGCUCGAUCUUUCCCACAACCUGCUGAGACGGGCGAGCCGUGAGGAGUUUGGCUCAACCCGGGCAAAGACCCGUCUGUACCACAACCCCUGGCAUUGCGACUGCGCCUUGCAGGAGCUUGUGGAAACCCUCAACCUUGAGCCGGAGACAGUCAACGGGAUUGUGUGCGAAACCUCGGAGAGGGGAGCAGGGGAGGGCAGUCGAUGGGAGGAGCUGGGUGGGGCGGGGGAGCAUGCAGGCCAGCCACUGGUCAAGCUGCUGGAUGCUGGGGUCAACUUCUGCAGCUUGCAGCGUAAGACCACAGAUGUGGCUAUGCUGGUGACCAUGUUUGCCUGGUUCUUCAUGGUCAUCGUUUAUGUGGUCUACUAUGUGCGCCAAAACCAAGCAGAGGCCCGUCGGCAUCUUGAAUAUCUGAAAAGUUUGCCCAGUCCGCGUAAAACUCCCGCUGACACUGACACUCUCAGCACUGGUAUCUGAGUUAACAGUCUAACCUUGUCAUGCAUUUGUUGCCCACAUUCAUUACUUUAAAUAUUAUGAUGUUUCACUGUACAUAUACAGCAGCAGCCUAUGGGCUCUAAACAAUUUUGUACCGAUGUCACCUGAGAUAAGCACCAAUGGUGUCUUAGAAGUGAAUUUGUCAGAAUCCUAAAAUCAAGGUUUCCAGGAAAAGUUGUUACAUUUUUGCCAGUAAAACUAUUUCCAAUUUACUUUCCUACCAUCAAAAAUACAUUCAUACAUUUUAUUAGGAUCCUGCAAUCUGUAAAUGUGCAAAUGGGCACCUAGAGUCUUUGGGCUGCAGUAAAAUCUCUAAAGGGAGAAAAUUACAGUUCAUGCCUCGGCUGCCUGCUCCCCCGUUCUCACACAGGUUGUCUGUGUUUGUCUGAUAAGGAGCCAAGAAAAACUUGCAAAUGUGACUACAAACCAAAUGGCACAUAUUGGAUUUCUGUAGCAUGAAGAAGCCUGGGAUAUAAUUAUGGACUGUGAUGUUGAGGGGCUCAGAUGAAUGGUAAUGAGCAUUACCAUUUUGGAACCCAAAUUCUUCCAGUGUCAGAGAACACACUUUACCACUAGGCCUCAGACUGUUCAUCACCAUCCUAAUUGCAUUCAUUUAAAUGUGCUUUUAAUGUGAGGAUCCGAGUUGUGCUUAAAUGGGACUACUGCUUGCAGUGAUCUGGUAGCAAUCAUGUUUAAUUUAGGAUAGGUUUAAAACACUGCUGGAGAAUUGUAGUGGGUGAGUCAAGACAUGUGCUGUUCUGAGGAAUAAAAUGAAUAAGAGAUUUAGAAAAGACUGAAAAUGUACCUAAUAGCUUGUUAGGAAUAGAUAGAAAUGUAGUACAUAAGUGUAAUGUUUUAAACUGAAUUUAAAAUGUAAUUAUUGUAGAUUAUAGAGAAAAGGGAAUAUUCCCUAUACCCAGACAAAAAACACAUUUGAAUAUGUAAAAAUUAAUUGGUUAUUGACAUGUUUAUAUGACUUUUUCUCAUUAAUUUGUCUCAUCCUGAUGAGAUUAACAUCACAGCACUACCUGAAAUAUCAUGUAAGGUAUAAAGGUUUUAAUCAAAGGCAUAAUAAAUAAUAAUUAAUGUGCUAAAUUAUACAUACAGGAUGGUAAGUUUAAUAUUUGGAGCAGCAUAGUUUGAAUGAAAAUCUGGUCUUUUUUAGAUACUAUGCCUCUUUUUCAUGCUGCCAGUUAUAUCGAACAAGUUUGCACUGCGGUAAUCUGAACAUUGUAACUACAUUCCCAUGUAGGCUGGAAAUAGGAAUGUGAACGUCAGGCAUCUGCUUGUGUGUUGUUAAUUGUGAAUAUCCAGUGUGGAAAAUGUUUGCAAACUGCAUUUGUCUUAUGUUGUUCUUGUAGAGCAGAUUCAGACAAAAUGUUUUUCACUGUUUGUGUGAUGGUUUUUAUACUUUAUGCUGUGUGACAGCAACACACUUCUUGAUUUUGAUAUAAACCAAAUAACUUUUUUCAAUACAUGUUGACUUUGUUGCUGACUUUGUCCACAACUUCAACCUACUUAUUGUAUCCUUUUUAUAGUUCAAUAACCAAAACCAUUUUUCAUAAUAUAUGAAGAUAUACUAGCAAUAUUUCUUGAGAUCCUGUCGUAAAUGUUGUACCACCCAAGUAGUGUCCUCUUAAUGGAGAUGCCUCUUGGUGCAAGACACAAAAACCAGGACAAGAGAAACUCUUAUUGUGUACUUUUAAAAUUAAACAAUUUAUUUGUGUUGUACCUUGUCUUCAUGAUUUUUCUUCUUGUUGUA